AUGUCGCGUUACAUCCAGUUUACACUUUAUGCCCAUGCUGCCCACAGGCAACAGUGGCUCAAUGAAGGGCCUCACUGUCUUCGUAUCGGACAUAAGGCAAUAGCUGCUCAUCGCUGUGGUGUGAAUUGUUCUAAUAAGGAGGCGGAGAAUCAACGUGUUGAGAAGGAGCUUGCUAAGAUACGCACCAAGUUCGCCAGUUCUAAAGCGCUCAAAGGGUAUGAUAAAAAGAAGUACGUGUGGAAGCUGAUCUACGCGUACAUGUUGGGAUACGAUAUCGACUUUGGUCACAUACAAGCGGUUAAUCUAUGCAGUUCUACCAAGUAUAGUGAGAAGAAUGCUGGCUACAUCGCGUGCUCGUUAUUAUUACAGGAGAAUUAUGACGUUCUCCGUUUGAUCAUCAAUGCUUGUAAGGCAGACAUAGCUAGCAACAACGAGCAUGUACAGGCCUUGGCGCUGAAUUGUAUAGCUAACACUGGCGGAUCUGAGUUCGCUGAGAACCUCUAUAGAGAUAUCGCCGGUUUGUUGAGUAAAAACUCCAGUGCUACUUUGUACAUUCAAAGAAAGGCUUGUAUGUGUUUAUUGCGGUUCUAUAGAGAAGUUGAUAGUCCUGAAGAUUUUAUGACGGCUGAGGAGUGGUCGCACAAGAUAGGGGACAUUUUGUCUAACGAGAAGGACAUUGGAAUGCUAACAGCUGUGACUGGCUUAUUGGGAGGCAUACUGGAGUCGGGUGCUACUCCACCGAUAUCAUGGACACCUGUGAUAUCGGGAAUAGUCGUGGCGUUAUCGGCGAUAGUCACAGGGGAGUGUCCAAGUCACUAUGUCUAUUAUAAGGUGCCAGCGCCAUGGCUGCAGGCGAAGCUUCUUCGAUGUUUGCAGUUCUUCCCUGUGAUGACAUGUUUUGAUGAUGGUAUAAUAUACCGUCUCAAUGAGAUUCUAGGGAGGGUAAGAGCUUAUCUUUCUCCUAUAUCAGCAGAUGCUGAGAGAGUGAAUCGUUGUAAUGCCGAGAAUGGCAUCUUAUUCGAAACUACUAAUCUCAUUAUCCACCUUGGUGAUGAGUGUAGCAUGGACAACAGACGCACCUGUGUCCAGCUGCUAGGUGGAUUCAUAUCAUCGAGGGAGGCUAAUAUACGUUACUUGGGAAUGGAUGCUAUGGCGAGAUUGGCGACGGCUGCUAGUAUCUCUAUGGCUACUAAAGGGAAGGGACCGCAUUUGGACUGGGUGCAUCAACUCAAUUUGUAUAAGACUGUCAUCGUAAAACAGCUGCAUGAAAAUGACCCGUCUAUACAGAGACAGGCGUUAAACUUAUUAUAUGCCAUAUGCAACCCGAGUAACUGGCAAGUGAUCGUCGAUGAACUCCUCGAGGCCCUCGCCAGCACAUCUGGUCCCCGCCCAGCUCCGUCUAGUAUCGAUAAAUACCGAGAGAGCGAGCCAAGUGCUGCUGCAGGAAUACACGAGGAACUCAUACUAAAGAUAGCUAUUCUAGCAGAGGUCAAUGCGCCUGACCCGACCUGGUAUGUUGAUGUCGUAUUCAAGAUGCUCGAAUAUAGUCCUGAGUCGGUCAGUCAGGAUGUGUGGUUCCGAGUGGUACAAGUAGUUACUGGUUUCGAUAAUAGUGAUGUCGAUGAUGAUACACUCGAUAUCGUACAACAGUAUGCAGCUGAGAAAGGCAUGGAAGCUUGCCAGUCUGCGUCCUAUCCUCAUGAGACCUUAGUGAAGUUGGCAGCCUACCUGAUGGGCGAGUUUGGCCACUUCCUUGUUAACGCUGGUAAGGCUACGCCAUUGGAUAUAGUGCAGUUACUAAGGAAGCACAUGAACAGAUCUAGUGCGGAGACUAAGUGUAUCAUAAUGAUGUGCUAUGCUAAGCUGUUGAAUGCAAAUCCUGAGAAUAAGGAGCUUAAGGAUGAGGUAUUGCUUAUAUUUGAAGACUAUCAGGAUUCGCUUGACUGCGGUCUACAGCAACGUGCAUGUGAGUUAAGUCGACUUUUCACUCUUGGCGGCGACUCUAUGGUGGAGACAACGCUGGCUAUGAUGCCACCUUAUCCGAUAGAGGCACAGGAAAAUAAUCCUCUGAAGCAACGGAUAAAGACUCAGGGGAAGACUAGAGCGACCACUAGAAAACAGUUAGAGGAAGCGGCAGCAGCAGAAGGUGGCGUUUAUCAGCAAGGUGAUGUUAAGCAGGAUGAAGGGCUAUUAUCAACUAAUACAUCUGGACAAGGCUUGAACGUGGUUAGUGGUGCAGUUGCUACUACUACUAAUAAUGCGGCACCUGUGGUGGCCUCUGGUCCGGCCCCACCCAGCGAGGGUAGUGAUAGUGACGAUAAUGAGGAGAGUGAUGAUAGCGAGGAUGAUGCUGGGGAAAGGCCGACCCCACCAGGAGUGCUAUGGAAGCAGCUGUGCAUAUCUGAUCAAGGCAGUUUCUUCCAGUCCAAUUCCCUCCAUAUCAAUAUGAAGGCUGAGUAUGGUCAUGGCAUUGGUCGCUUGGCACUGCAGUUCAUCAACAAGGGAGAGGACAUUACUAUUAGCAACAUCAAAACGCAAGUGCCAACGGGUCCCUCGGAUGGCUUCAGAGUGAGGACAACAGCAUUGAAACCGGGCACACUGGAGCCGGCACAGCAAGCGAUCGAGUACAUUCAAGUUGAGUGUCUGCGGCCCUUCCUGCAGCCACCACGCUUCCUGGUCACCUUCGAUGUCAAUGGAGAGGAUACGAAACAGCUGCCUAUGACCUUACCAUGUGUCCUAACGAAAUUCAUCGCCCCGGCUGCCAUCACGGCCCAGCAGUUCCUACAGUUUUGGCAGGAUAUGCAGAGUGGGGGAAGAGAGGCGAUGGUCACGAGUCAGGCUAAAGUGCCGCAUACUCAAUAUGAGGGGUAUGUGAGUAAGGCGUUCAACUUCCACAUCAUCUCUUUGCCAGAGGCCAUGGCGAAUGGUGCCGGUGGUCGCGUGCACACUAUUGCUGCUGCUGGAACGCUGUUGACCCGAACGCCUCAGCCGGGACAAUCUGGUCCUAACGCUAGGAAUGUCGCGGUAGCCUGUAUGCUGAGGGUAGAUACUGAUCUCUCUAAACAGCCUAAUCUGGUGCGUAUCACAGCACGUACAGCUCAUCCCCAAGUGAGUCGAGCCUUAGCCAGCAUCAUCGCGAGCCAUCUGUUGGAGCCCUCGUCGCGGCAACAACAGUAGCCGCUGUUAAGGGUUAGUCUCUUAUCAUUCAAUACUGCUAGGAGUAGAGCAUCAUUAAUGAUAGAAGUUCCU